AUGAACAGACAUCCAUCAACUACUGGCACUCUUUCUCUCACUUCAGCUGCCAGUCCUACUUCAACAGCUCAACAGCUGUUCCUACUUCAACUGUCAACAGCAGCUCCCACCCUCAUUCCCACUCCCAAUCUAGUGGAAGUGAUUAUUUUCCAGAAAAUAAUCAAUGUAAAUCAUCUUGAAAGAUGA